CUAAAGGACCGGGCGGGGCGGCCGGAGCGCGUGGGUCUUCAGGUCAGGUCAAGGGGUCGAAGGUGCGGCGGUGAUCCAGGAUCCAAUUAGGCCAGGAGCAGGAGCAUGGCGUCGUCGGGGUCUGUGCAGCAGCCGCGGCUGGUGCUGCUGAUGCUGUUGCUGGCAGGCGCGGCGCGGGCCAGUCUCUACUUCCGCCCGGGCCAGACUUGCUACUGGCCCCUUCACGGGGACCAGCUGGCCCAGCUGGGGCGAAGGACUUACCCUCGGCCGCAUGAGUACCUGUCCCCCUCGGAUCUCCCCAAGUACUGGGACUGGAGAAAUGUGGAUGGUGUCAACUACGUCAGCGUCACCAGGAACCAGCACAUCCCACAGUACUGUGGCUCCUGCUGGGCCCACGGUAGCACCAGUGCUAUGGCAGACCGCAUCAACAUCAAGAGAAAAGGCGCGUGGCCCUCCAUCCUGCUUUCAGUGCAGAACGUCAUCGACUGCGGCAAUGCUGGCUCCUGUGAGGGAGGCAAUGACCUUCCGGUGUGGGCGUAUGCUCAUAAGCACGGCAUCCCCGAUGAGACCUGCAACAACUACCAGGCCAAGGACCAAGACUGCGACAAGUUUAACCAGUGUGGGACCUGCACCGAAUUCAAAGAGUGUCACACCAUCCAGAAUUACACCCUCUGGAGAGUAGGUGACUAUGGCUCCCUCUCGGGUAGGGAGAAGAUGAUGGCAGAGAUCUACGCCAAUGGUCCCAUCAGCUGCGGGAUAAUGGUGACAGAGAAGAUGGCUAACUAUACCGGAGGCAUCUAUGCUGAGCAUCAGGACGAGACCUUUAUCAACCACAUCAUCUCCGUGGCUGGCUGGGGUGUCAGCAGUGAUGGGAUUGAGUAUUGGAUUGUCCGUAAUUCGUGGGGCGAACCCUGGGGUGAGAGGGGCUGGAUGAGGAUCGUGACCAGCACCUACAAGGGAGGGGCAGGUGCCAGCUACAACCUCGCCAUCGAGGAGGCCUGCACAUAUGGGGACCCCAUUGUUUAAGCAGACGUCUCUGGAAGCAACAUCGUAAACCAUGAUAGGGGUGGGGUGAUUGUGGACACUGCACAUAAGGGGACCCCACUGUUUAAGUAGACGUCUCUGGAAGCAACAUUGUAAACCGUGAUAGGGUGGGGUGAUUGUGGACACUGGACAGCCAGAAGCAGUGCGUGUGGACAUGAGGACAGAGUGUGUGUGGACUGCAGAAGCCAUCCCAAGAAGAGAUGGCAAGGGGACACAUCUCAUCCUGCCUUCAGCCACCUGGAGAAGACAGCAUGGUCUAGAACAGUUCUGAUGUCAUGCUAGAAUCCAAGGGAGAGGGAGACAAUUCUAGAUUACCUAAGUGAUGAAUAAAGUGACUGGCUUCCCCCCAG